UAGCUAUAGUACUGUAGUCACAACAAGAGUAAAAGGGGAGUUUCAAUCCACGCACAUGACAACAAUGGUACAAUUGGCUAUACAGAGUUAUAUAUGUUAAGCUCUAGAGGUUUUUUUUCUUUCAAGAGCUUCCUCAAGGUUCUUUUCUUGGCAUGUUCUGUCUGAACAUUCACUUUCUUUUUCCUUGAAUGCAUGGAAGAGGUGGUAGAGACAGAGGCAAUACUCCAUAUCUGCUUCCGUCAUCUGCUCCAGGUUUGCCAUAACGUGGGAAUUGAGCUCUUCAUGUGUUGCAAAAUCACCAGGCACAGUGUUCUGAGCUCCUCCCUUGAUAAGAAGGUCAGCAAGUUCUCCCACUUUCCC